CAAGCUGCGGCGGUUAGUCGUUAACGGAAAACGAGUGAAAAAGCGAAGCUCUCGGUUACUUAAAUCAGUUAUAAACUACUGUGGCUCCGCUGGAGAGUGGAAAUAGCGAGGGUUCCUUUCCUGCCAAACGGCGAGAGUUUCCCCGCUGUCCCCAAGGUUACAGAAGUGCAGCCGAAAGGGAGAAGAACCAACGGAAAAACCACCAACUCCUCUCAGGAUGUUUAGUUUGAUCAGUGCUGCACUGUGUGUGUGUGUGUAAUGUCUGUCAGGUGUUAGUUUACGCCUUUAUACUUGAGAAGCAUCCGUAUUCGGACCGGUUGAAGCAAUAAAGGUAUAUUCUGCAUCCCAGCAUAUUCAUUCCGGUUCCUCGACUGAAGGGACAGAAGAGGAUACAGUUUCUGCAGUCUUUUGUAUAGUCAAAGACAAUGGGAAAAGAGUCCACUUUCCAGUAAGGAUGUUUCCGUCCCACAGAGAGAGGGAGCAACCCAUUUUCAGUAGCCGAGCACACGUGUUCCAGAUUGAUCCAGCCACUAAAAGAAAUUGGAUUCCAGCCAGCAAGCAUGCAGUUACCGUGUCCUUCUUCUAUGAUGCCAAUCGGCAUGCUUACCGCAUCAUCAGUGUGGGAGGCACAAAGGCUAUCAUUAACAGCACUAUUACACCCAACAUGACAUUCACUAAGACCUCCCAAAAGUUUGGGCAGUGGGCAGACAGCAGGGCUAAUACAGUAUACGGCCUGGGAUUCGCUACUGAACAACAGCUUAACCAGUUUUCUGAGCGCUUUAAAGAGGUCAAGGAAGCUGCUCGUCUGGCAAGGGAGAAAUCACAAGACAAGAUGGAAUUAGCUAAUGCAGCACUGAGCAUCGCAGCCCCACAGGAUCUGUCAGAUGAACUGCAAUCACCCCCUGUAAUGUGUGUGAAUGGACCAGAGGAUAAACUCUUCCGAAGCCAAAGUGCAGACAUCACACUCUCAUCAGAGAAAGAACGAAUCAAAAAGAUGCUAUCAGAAGGCUCUAUUUGCGAGAUGAACCUGGAGGCCGAGCUCUUUACCCUGCAGGACAGCAAUGCUAAAUUGGUGGCAGCACUGCACGAGGCCAAUGCUAACGUGGAGCAAUGGAAGAAACAGCUUGUAGCCUAUCAAGAGGAGACAGAGAGGCUCCGAGACCAGGUGGCAGACCUGGAGGCCCAUGGAGGCCAUGGACCCAGUGAUAUGCUAAAGGAUGAGCUCACCCAGUCCCUGGAAGAACUCGAGGCCUUACUCAAGGCCAAGGAUGAGGAAAUUCGUAUCCUUCAGGCAAAGAAGUCAGACUUUCAUGAAAUGGAGCAGGAGAGAGAAGAAGCCAUUCACAGAUUACAGGAGCUAGAGAUGCGUAAUGUGGAGCUAGAACGACGGGUGCAUAAUGCCGAACAGAACUUGGCCUCCGCACUGGAGGAUCGUGACCGCACCGAUAACGAGGUCCAAAGGGUCGUCCAGAUCCUUGAUGUCAAGAUCUUCGACCUUAAUGACCUGCGACAAAGCCUGGUCAAACUGCUCGAAAAGUGAAGUGAGAUUUGUCAUUUUUCUGAUGAAGUAAGAGAAAAUCAGUCUCUGUGCUAAGUCUUCGGUCCAUGUCUCGGCUCUGAGACAAACAAAACAGCUGCCGCUCAAGAAGCAUCCAGUGUCGGCACAUAGUGUAGCUACGCUUUUCAAAUAAAGAACGUCAAAGUCUAGAAA